AAAUGUGCUAUUGCCUCAGCUCCUGCGUUUGGCCCGAUGCUUACACUUGCUACUAACAUACUGAUGUGGAUGAGUGUUGUGCUGGAUGAGUCAUUAAAGCAGUUGGAGGAAAUGUAUGAUAUCCGGAAAGAAUCGAUGGUGCCAGGUCCUCCAAUGCUGCUGCCAUGACCUUCGUAAACGUGCGUGGAGCUGAUGACAGACCAAAUGGAAGGGCUACGAACUGCCAAUGCUGCCCAUUCACGUAGAAUCUGAGGAAGCCAUGAUGCGCUGGGUGGAUCGGUAUGUGAAGAUAUGCGUCCUUGAUGUCUAUGACAGUCAUGAACUCGUUUUCUUCCAUGGAUGAUAGAACCGACUGAAUCGAUUCCAUUUUGAAAUGGCAUUUUCUGACGAAGGGAUUGAGAUCCUUGAGGUCUAAGACGGGUCUGAGGGAACCGUCUUUCUUGGGAACCAUGAAGAGGGGUUAUUCUACACAGGGCACUUGUUCAGCUGGUGUGCGUUUUUUCUUAGGGGGUACAUUUGUACAGGCCUAAAGGGGGACCCGGCUGUGAUGCACAUUUCAAAUUAGCCGGGCCCCCCUUGACAGCGCUGAACCACCAAAGUCACAUAGAGUCAAAGAUCUGAAGCACCAAUGACCUAAAGCCGUGAACAGACCCGAAGCCGCAAAAAGACUCAAAGCACCGAAGACACAAAGCCGGAGCCACGAAAGGCCCCAAAGCUAUGAAAAGACCUGAGGUUGAAGUCCUGAAGCUACAAACAGACCCGAAGCUAUGAAAGGAGCCUAAGAGACAGCUAACCCUGAAUAUUUUAUUGGACCAUCAAAGACACGUUAAAAUCUGUGACUUCAGCCUGGUAAAGCAGAGCAUCUUUGAUGGCGACCUAACAACUGGCUGGGCCGGAAUCAUGGAAUACAUGGCGCCAGAGAUUCUAAAGAGAAAAGCAUACAAUGCAACAGUAGACUGGUGGUUGUUUGGCGUCACCAUCUGUGAAAUGGCCACUGGUAUGUCACCCUUCAACAACAGUGACACCAAGGAGCUUAUUAAUUCCAUCAAAUUCUGUGAUCCAGAGAUACCUGAUUGGCUGGAUGAAGAUCUAAAACAUCUUCUGGGACAGCCUGUGCCCAGGUGAUGAUGUCAUCAGGUGGCACCUUCCACUAAGCAAGAGACCUCAACCGUUAUGACAGUUGGUGUGACAGCGUCAGAGAGAGAAGAAGCAGAAGAGAGAGAGAGCUCCAGUGGAUUUCAAGAGAAUAUGAAGAGAAUACAUUCUAAUUCCAUCGAUUCGGAUCCCCCACCUUCAAAGGAGAAGAAGAGAAGAGAAGACCAUGAAGAAGAGCAAGAAGAAAGCCAGAAAGAGAAGAUAGAGAGCAGUUUGGAGGAACAGCUAUCAGAGAAGGGCUGCAGGGAGGAGAGCAUACCCUCUGGUUUCAAAGAUUCUGACCCCCAGCCCUCAAAGGUGAAGAAAAGAAAAGAAGACCAUGAAGAAGAGGGAGAAGAAAACCAGAAGGAGAGGAGAGAGAGCAGUUUGGAGAAACAGCUGCCAGAGAAGGGCUGCAGGGAGGAGAGCAUACCCUCUGGUUUCAAAGAUUCAGACCCCCAGCCCUCAAAGGUGAAGAAAAGAAGAAAAGAACAUGGAGAAGAAAACCAGAAGGAGAAGAGAGAGAGCAGCUUGGAGAAACAGCUGCCAGGUAAGGGCUGCAGGGAGGAGAGCAUACCUUCUGUUCUCAAAGAUUCAGAUCCGCAGUCCUCAAAGGUGAAGAAAAGUAAAGACCACGAAGAAGAGGAAGGAAAAAAACAGAAGAAGAAGAGAGAGAGGAGUGUAGAUGACCAUCUGCAAGUUGAGUGCUACAGGGAGAAGAAACGGAGAAGGCAGGAGACUGAUGAAGGAGAAGCUGGACCUGUGAGUGUAGAAGCUCAACCUUCAAGGCUAAACCCGCUCCGUAUCUCCAGUUACAACUUCUACUCUAAGUUGGGAGCAGGAGGAUAUGGCAAAGUAAUGCUGGCUUCGUUAGGAGACAGGAGGCCAUAUGUGGCUGUAAAAUCUGUCGGCAAACGAGAGCUCCCAGAUUACAGCAGCCUUCUCUCAGAGUCUCAAGUGCUGAACAUCGGCAGACACAGCCCAUUUCUUUGCCAAGGCUUUGCCGCUUUUCAAACCCAGUGGCAUGCCUUCUUUGUAAUGGAGUACCUGAGUGGGGGAAGCCUUGAGGAUGAGCUGAAGCGACACGGGACGCUGCCCAUAGAGAGAGUACAGUUCCAUUCUGCGGAGAUGAUUUGCGGCCUACAAUACCUGCACGGCCUCGGGAUUAUCCAUCGAGACAUCAAACCCAUGAAUGUUCUAUUGGACCAUCAAGGACACGUUAAAAUCUGUGACUUUGGCCUGGCAAAGCAAAGCAUCUUUGAUGGUGACCUAACAACUGGCCGGGCCGGAACCAUAGAAUACAUGGCGCCAGAGAUGCUGAACAGAAAAACAUACAAUGCAGCAGUAGACUGGUGGUCAUUUGGCAUCACCAUCUGCAAAAUAACCACUGGAAUGUCACCGUUUCACAACAGCGGGAACAUGGAUCAGCUCAUUUGUUCCAUCAAAAACCAUGAACCCAAUAUACCCGACUGGCUGGAUGAAGAUCUAAAACAUCUUCUGGGGCAGCUACUAGAAAAGAAUCGGAAGCAACGCCUUGGUGUUCGAGGAAACAUCAGAUGCCACCCAUUCUACAAAGCUAUCGAUUGGGCGGCGCUGGAAGAGGAAAGAUUGCAACCCCCUUACCAGCCGAGAACACCACCACCAGACCUAUUCCAGCCGUGUAAAGAGAAGCUGUCAUUCCUGGAGUACAAGGAGGAUGAAGGAACAUCAGGGGGCAGUGACACCAUUCCCGGCUUCUCAUUUCAAAGUUCCACCUGGCUGACGUAAGUAUGUGUAGGCGUUUAAUCCAGCCAAUAAAAACAAUUUCCUAUUCCAUCAGCACAGGUUUUAUGGGACAGUGGACAUGAUUGUGGGCUGCAAGAACUUUUCCGCUUGCUGCAUGAAGGCCAGAUCAUCUCUUGCGAUUCCUGCUUCAAACAUCGGCUCCACCUUCACCUGGGAUUCCAUCUUCCAGGGUAUGAGACUGCUGGGUAACAUCAGGCCUAGAAUUAUGAGGGGCAGUCACUCAUUUGGCACAUCACACGUAAGUAUAGGUGGGUAUCUUUAUGUGAGCGAAUGUGUGAGUGAACGUGAGAUAUGAAAGGAUAAGGGUGUAACAGAAGGAAAGCAGAGUCUAAGAUCACAGCCUGCUUUGUCUUCCUGCACAUCAUGUCUAUGGAACCAAUACCCUGUUAGUUAUUUAUAUAGUUCUAAAGUUCUCAUAGUUGGGUAGAAAUCCAGAUCAAGGGUUUUUUUCCAUCUGAAGAAAGAUGGGGGUUUUUUUUUACCUUGUCCUGGAAGUUAGUUAUUUAUAUAGCUCUAUAGUACUCAUAGUUGUGUAGAAAUCCAGAUCAAGGGUUUUUUCCCAUCUGAAGUAAGAUGGGGUUUUUUACCUUGUCCUGGUAGUUUUGAUGUUAAAUGAGCAAAGGGUGGGCCAUAGACACGUGCAGUUUAAGCCUCGUUUGUUGUCUUUGUUUGUCACGUUUGUCCUGUUGUGUGAGGCGUUACACC